AUGUCAGACAAACAAGAGAAACCAAAACCAUGCUGUGUGUGCUUGGAAGAGAAGAAGAAGCGUGACGAGUGUCUUCUUUUCAAUGGCCAAGAGUCGGGAAAAUGCAAUGAAUUGAUUGCUCAGUACAAACAGUGUAUGAAAGGUUUCGGAUUUGAAACCAGAUAG